GUUGGACAACUGUUCACAUACCCCUCCUAAAUUUCACAUUUUGAAUCCUCUCAAAAUUAAAGUCUGUUUUUCCUUACAGUUGAAUAAAAAUGAAUUAUCUAAAGUACUUAUCUCCGAUUGGGCGGUGUGCCAAGCCACUCAUACGAAGUUAUACAAGUCCAGCUGCCAAUCUAUUAAAGGUGCCCAAAGUUGAGCUUGAAGAUGGGAAAAUGCUUUAUUUGUUGAUCAUGGUUUACAUGCAUGGCGACACGAACAAUGGCAAGACUGUUGUCCGCGGCUGGAACACAGAUAGUCAUGAUGGCAUCUACGACAAGAAUGUGAGAGCUAUGGAGAAAUUGGGACUGUGUACCAAGUGUCUUGGCGGCGGAGUUAUUGAUAACAACGAGGGUGCUAAGAAAAUGAAAAUUCAUGGACGCUGUAAGACCUUUGGAGCUGCUAACCAUUACAAAACAAAGGAUAUUCUACUAUCAUCGUCCAAAUACAAGGACUUCUCCAUCACCGUGAAGAAAGAAAACUAGUUUAUUUGAAUUU